AUGGCUCAUAAUUCAAUGUCGGAAAACUACAGAAAAGUUAGUGUUCUUUAUGAUUUCAACGAAACUACGGUAAUAAGAAAUAUAUGUGGGAGCGCUGCCGGUUACUUUGAAAUUGGUAUGAUUAAUAUGUCAUCAGACAAAUUGAAAUCUCGUGCAAGGUAUUUACUAUAG